UAUAUUUCAAAAAUAUGCGUUAUUGUAUAUACUACUAAUGUUGUCAAUUGUUUGCGCGUGUCAGCUGACUCAUAACUCGUCUUAAACAGGGUACAAGAUACGUGUUUAUAUCAUUUUGCCCUCUUAAAUGCGAGUUUCAAUGCACGAAAUCAGGUGAAAAGCGGAAAUUGAGGCGAUUAACUGUCUAAAAUAUACUUAUCAUACACUACAGACUGUAUAUCAGCUAGCCUUUUAUCAUAUGUUUUCUUGAAGAUUUUUGAGCUCGAUAAGAUGACCAUGAAGUGAUGGUCUAGGUGUUCUAGCACUGUCUUGAAUCCUGCUUUAAGUUUCUGUAGCAUAUAUGCUACUUGAGGUAUGCCUUAAGAAAUAAUGUUUAUCUUCCUUAUAUGAUUACACUAUGAAGCACUCGAAUUAUCAUCUAGUAAACUUUUUUACGGUUAAGGUAUUGGAUAUUGGAAGGUGCAAUAAAACCCAUUAACUCAAAAAUAGCUUUGCAGGCUAAAUGUAUAGCCUAGUGAAAAAAAUUAUUUUAUCCAUUUCUAUUGAAUAAUUUUGAGGUCGAGUAUAUUGGCCAAGGUAGUCGACCAGAGUCAGUCAGAAUAAAAACAAGAAACCCUACCUCAGAGUGGUUCACCCUAAAAAGGUGUCAAAGGUUGCGAGAAUCCCAGUCAUCUCAGCAUACGUUGCCACAGACUGAUACAAUUAAAUAGGUCAAAGUCACAGCUCUAAAAACCAUGUUAUUAGUGUAGAUGGACACAUCCAUACCUAAAGCUUUGUUUAUAGGGUCAACAUUUAACAUAUGCAAUAAGAAUGACUCAGCACGUAUCCCAGAUAUUUGUAAAAUCCUACUAACUUUACAACAAAUGGAGGAGAAGAAAUAAAGCUAUGUAGAUAAUGUGAAAGAUGUUGAGUUACCGUGGAUAUGAAUACGAACAAUAGAUUCUGUUUAAUAUGUCUUACAGCAAGUACUACUGAUCUACUGCGUUAAAUAUUCCAAAGAUAUACUAAUUUGGAAUUAUACGCCAACACAGGGCCCAAGUUCUCCCACAGUGGCUAUCAUUGAAGACUACAGCUUCGUCUAGAGAUCAUAAAUUUUGACUAUGGAUUAUUAAACAGGCGAUAUGUCGAAACGAGGCAACUUUGAAUUCCAUGGAAGUUCUACAGUUGUCUUGUUAUGGAUAGAAUAAACUCAGUUUCUGAAAUUGAUUUACUCGAGGAUCGGUAUUAUCGAGACGAAUCAAGCUUAAAGCACAAUUUGUCUUUUGCCGGCUGCGGCUUUCUUGGAUUAUAUCAUGUGGGUGUUUGCAGUUGUAUUAAGAAAUUCGCACCUCAUCUUUAUCAAAAUAAACCGGUAUCUGGUACGAGUGCAGGUGCGAUAGCUGCUGCUUGUCUUGUAUGUGAUUUAGAUAUUGAUGUAUGCAUUCAAUAUUUCUGUAAAAUUGUCGAAAAUGCCAAACAAUACACACUUGGUCCAUUUGAUCCACGAUUCAAAAUAAGUGAGCAUUUGAAAGAAGGACUAUCAAAAAUAUUACCAUCAGAUGCUCAUAUUCUGUGUUCCAACCGCCUUUCAGUUUCCUUGACGUGUUUUACUACGCGGAAAAAUAUAAUCGUUCGGCAGUUUAAAGACAAAGAAGAGUUAAUCAAAGCUUUGCUGUGUUCUGCUUACAUCCCAAUAUUUAGCGGAUUUGUCCCACUGACGUUUAGAGGUCAACUUGUACUUGAUGGUGGAUUAUCAGACAACUUGCUUAACAUAAAUCAGCAAACAAUUAAAGUUAGUCCAUUCGCCGGUGAUGCAGAUAUAUGUCCAUUAGAAUCGAAAUGGGGUCCACAAUAUCAUAGAGCACAACCACAAAGUUAUGAAGAUGUUUUAGGUUCAAUAACAUUAUUGAAUCUUACAAUGCGUCUCAAUUUGACAAAUAUUGAACGUUUUAUUGGAAUGGUAUGGCCAAUGAGUUCGGAUCAGUUGGCUAUUCUAGCCAGUCAAGGUUAUGAUGAUGCAUUAAGAUUUCUAAUCACACGUGGUUUCAUCGCUUGCCGUUUACACCGUACACCAAGAGAAUUUUCAAAUAUUUCACGAACAAAACAACGCAGUUUAUCACGUAUUCAUCGUUUACCUAGUUUCGAUACAUUUCUGUGCAAUACAAUAGAGGAUGAAUCAGAUCUUAGUCCAAAAAGUUCUACUGGAACUAAUUCAGAUAUUCAAACAGUUAAAUCCACUAGAUUUUCUACACCUAGACCACCAAUUCAUGGUUCAGGUAUUGGAUUGAAUGUAGCUCACUGCCGUUCAUGUCAAAAUGGAUUACGUAAAGCUUUCAAUUCUUCAUUCCCUUCUUCAUUACGUUCAUUGAUUAGAGAAGGUACUAAUCCUCCACCAUCAUAUAUAAGGUGUAUUAAAAAUUGUAUCUGGAGUUAUGGAUCAUCUGUCUGCUCAUUUGGUUUCAAUUUGAUUCGACCUCCUCUCAAUCUUCAAAUUAAACUUCUUAUGUAUGUUGUUUCUAAAUGUGUACAGCUUUUGGAACGGUCACAAGUCAAUACUGAUUAUCUUUUGAGUCUAUUGGAUGUGCUAAAGAAAUCAUAUAACUAUCUAGAAAAAUCAACGUUAAAUAAAAUAUGCCCAACUAACAAUAUGGUUAGAUCCGUUGGUGAAAUGAAUGAAAUAGAUUUAAAUUCAAUUUCACCUACUGAAAAGCGUUAUCAUCGACCUUCUGAGGAAAAUCGUUCAGUUGUUUCUGUGAUCAAUUCUGUCUUAGAGAAGGGAGCUGACAAUAUGAGCGAUCUACUUUUGCGAUUAAGUUCUGUAGAAUUACCAACAGCUGAAGAUUGUGGUUUAGAGUUACUUUCAUCCCGUUCAUCACAGUUUUUUGACCAGCAUAUUCCUAAUCUUUGUUCACUACAAACUGGUUAUGGUGGUGGUGAUUCCGAUUUCAGUCAAACUGAUUCUGGAUUGAAACUGGAGAACGAGGACAGUGAAACAUAUAUGACAUAUUUGAAUAAGUCAGAUUCAAUCAGCAAUUUCAUAUCAGGUGACAUUGACUCAAGCACAUCUUAUUCAACAUUUGAAAACUGAAGGAAAUAUAACAAAAGAUUUUAUUCACAAGUGGGUUGUCACUGAUCCUAUGAGAUAUAAAUUUUUCUCAUAUAGAUUAAUGUCAUUAUCUUUUUCCCACCUUAUUUUUUAAGUUGUCUUUCUUAAAUCCUGAGCUAAAUUUAUCAGAUCACAACUUUUGAUUUCUCUUGAGAUUUCAAUAAAGACGUAGUGUAACUGGUUCUUCCUUAUUCUUCAUUUUACUCACUAUUUGUGUUUUAUUUUCUUUAUCAGUCUGAUGGUUUAUUCCAGAUCUGCAAUGAAGUCAUUUUAAGAAUGCUUAAAAGACAAGACAUUAGUUUUUUUUUUCAAAAUGUAGUAAAUAUCUGAUCAUUCAUCUCACAUAGAUUUUAAUUUACAACUGACCAAUCUCGAUUUUAUGUUUUUAUAAAGACUGAAAUAUGUACGAAGAAAGUCGAGCAAUGCUAGUUGUCAACUUUUUGAAUUAAAGUGUUCUGAUGACAUAUUACUAUGUGAUGAGUGUGUACUCUUAAAUAUUAUAAUGUCCAGCGUGAUGCAAUUCGCAAUAACUUUCUUUGGCUUAAUUUUGUAAAACCUUUUAUGAUCAGUUCAUCACGAAGUUAACUGUUUCGUUUAAGAUAACCUAAAUUAUUACAAACUGAAGGAUAUUCUCAGAAAAAAACUUCGAAAGGUGAGGUAUUUACAAUAAAUGGGUGACAUUAUGUGGAGAGAAAGACACCUCACUGUUGUUUUUGUCUGGACUAAAAAUAGUUGAUUAAGA